CCCAUAAUGCUUUGUGGGGACGUUGACAAGUGGAUCCAAGAUGGCGUAGAAAGUAAUGACAGGAAUUGGAUGAAGUAAUUGAUCACUAAAGAACUACAGUGCUGGUGAGAUGUGUAAGAAAUUAUAAAGAGCUCUGAUGGGCUAUUUGGGUGUUCCCCAGUGCAGUGAACUGCAGGAGUUUUGUCCCUGAGUCAUGGAAGACAGAAGAGCUGAGAAGUCAUGUGAACAAGCAUGUGAAUCUCUUAAGAGGCAGGACUAUGAAAUGGCCCUCAAGCACUGCACAGAGGCCCUCCUUUCUCUUGGCCAGUACUCCAUGGCCGACUUCACAGGGCCAUGUCCACUGGAAAUAGAGAGCAUCAAAAUUGAGAGCCUUCUUUACAGAAUUGCUUCAUUUUUGCAACUGAAAAACUAUGGGCAAGCUGAUGAAGACUGUAGGCAUGUGCUGGGAGAAGGACUGGCCAAGGGAGAUGGGGCCUUUCAGGCGGUGCUUUGCUGCAUGCAGCUGAAAGGAAAGCUCCAACCUGUAGCCAACAUUCUUGCCAAGUCACUGACAGGAGAGUCCCUGAAUGGGAUGGUAACAAAAGAUUUGACAAGACUAAAAACACUUCUCACAGAAACAGAGACAGCAACUAGUAACAUCCUCUCUGGAUAUCAUGUGGAAGACUUAGAAGAGGGAUCUUGUAAUGGUUGGCAUUUCCGCCCACCACCUAGGGGAAUCACAAGCAGCGAGGAAUAUACUUUGUGUAAAAGAUUUUUAGAGCAAGGAAUCUGUAGGUAUGGUGCCCAGUGUACUUCAGCACAUUCCCAGGAAGAACUAGCAGAAUGGCAGAAAAGAUAUGCUUCACGGCUUAUAAAAUUGAAACAGCAAAAUGAGAAUAAACAGCUCUCAGGCAGUUACAUGGAAACCUUGAUAGAAAAGUGGAUGAAUUCAUUAUCUCCUGAGAAAGUGCUUAGUGAAUGUAUAGAAGGAGUAAAGGUAGAGCAUAACCCUGAUCUGUCGGUUACUGUCAACACCAAAAAAUCUCGUCAGACAUGGACCUUUGCUCUCACUUGUAAGCCUGCAAGAAUGCUGUAUCGUGUAGCAUUGCUUUAUGAUGCUCAUCGUCCUCAUUUUAGUAUCAUUGCAAUAUCUGCCGGAGAUAGUACUACCCAGGUAUCACAAGAAGUCCCAGAAAACUGUCAAGAAUGGAUAGGAGGAAAGAUGGUCCAAAAUGGAUUAGAUCAUUACGUGUAUAAAGUCGGGAUAGCAUUUAACACAGAAAUAUUUGGAACUUUUCGCCAAACCAUAGUUUUCGACUUUGGAUUGGAACCAGUACUCAUGCAAAGAGUAAUGAUUGAUGCAGCUUCUACAGAAGAUCUUGAAUACCUGAUGCAUGCAAAACAACAGCUAGUAACCACAGCUAAGCGGUGGGAUUCUUCUUCUAAGACUAUUAUAGAUUUUGAACCUAAUGAAACUACUGAUUUGGAGAAGAGCCUUCUUAUCAGAUACCAAAUUCCUCUCUCUGCUGACCAGCUAUUUACCCAGUCUGUUUUAGACAAAUCACUGACCAAGACCAACUAUCAAUCACGAUUGCAUGACCUUCUCUAUAUUGAGGAGAUAGCCCAGUAUAAAGAAGUUAGCAAGUUCAACCUUAAAGUGCAAUUGCAGAUUUUAGCAAGCUUCAUGCUCACUGGAGUUGCUGGAGGUGCAAAGUAUGCUCAGAAUGGACAGCUUUUUGGUCGCUUUAAGCUUACUGAAACACUUUCUGAAGAUACUUUGGCUGGACGGCUGGUGAUGACCAAAGUCAAUGCUGUUUAUUUAUUACCAGUCCCUAAAGAGAAGUUAGGACAGACCCAGGGAACCAAAGAGAAGGUUUAUGAAGCUACUAUUGAAGAAAAAACAAAAGAAUAUAUAUUUUUAAGGAUAUCCAGGGAAUGCUGUGAAGAACUUAAUCUUCGGCCUGAUUAUGAUACGCAGGUUGAACUUCAGUUUCAAUUAAAUCGAUUACCCCUCUGUGAAAUGCAUUAUGCGCUAGACAGGAUCAAGGACAAUGGGGUUUUGUUUCCAGACAUCACUAUGACUCCAACCAUACCUUGGAGUCCCAACAGACAGUGGGAUGAACAGUUGGAUCCUCGGCUAAAUGCAAAACAGAAAGAGGCUGUUUUGGCAAUUACAACUCCACUUGCAAUACAGCUGCCUCCCGUUCUCAUCAUCGGACCCUAUGGGACAGGAAAAACAUUCACUCUAGCUCAGGCUGUCAAGCACAUACUCCAGCAGCAGGAGACGAGCAGGAUUCUCAUUUGCACCCAUUCUAAUAGUGCUGCUGAUCUCUACAUAAAGGAUUAUUUACAUCCAUAUGUAGAAGCAGGCAAUCCCCAGGCAAGACCUCUCAGGGUAUAUUUCAGAAAUCGCUGGGUAAAGACUGUCCACCCAGUUGUGCAUCAGUACUGUUUGAUCUCAAGCGCACAUUCCACCUUUCAGAUGCCACAGAAAGAAGAUAUUCUUAAACACCGAGUGGUUGUUGUUACAUUGAAUACUUCCCAGUACCUCUGUCAGUUGGACCUUGAACCUGGUUUUUUUACACACAUUCUAUUAGAUGAAGCUGCCCAGGCCAUGGAGUGCGAAACCAUUAUGCCUCUAGCAUUAGCAACUAAAAACACUCGGAUUGUCUUGGCUGGUGACCAUAUGCAGCUCAGUCCUUUUGUUUACAGCGAGUUUGCCAGGGAGAGAAACCUUCAUGUUUCAUUACUUGAUCGACUUUACGAGCAUUACCCUGCUGAGUUUCCAUGCAGGAUUCUCCUGUGUGAGAACUACCGCUCCCACGAAGCUAUCAUCAAUUACACCUCGGAGCUCUUCUAUGAAGGCAAAUUGAUGGCCAGUGGAAAGCAGCCGGCACACAAGGAUUUCUACCCACUAACUUUCUUUACAGCACGAGGGGAAGAUGUACAAGAAAAAAACAGCACAGCUUUUUAUAAUAAUGCAGAGGUAUUUGAAGUGGUGGAACGUGUGGAAGAAUUAAGAAGGAAGUGGCCAGUAGCUUGGGGGAAGUUAGAUGAUGGCAGUAUUGGUGUGGUGACUCCAUAUGCUGAUCAAGUGUUUAGGAUACGAGCUGAACUUCGAAAAAAGAGAUUAUCUGAUGUUAAUGUAGAAAGGGUGCUAAAUGUUCAAGGAAAGCAAUUCAGAGUUUUGUUUCUUAGCACAGUACGUACAAGGCAUACUUGUAAACAUAAACAGACACCAAUUAAAAAGAAAGAGCAACUGCUGGAAGAUUCCACAGAGGACUUAGAUUAUGGCUUUUUGUCUAACUACAAACUUCUCAAUACUGCCAUCACAAGAGCACAGUCCCUGGUUGCUGUUGUGGGUGAUCCCAUUGCUCUGUGCUCUAUUGGAAGAUGCAGGAAAUUUUGGGAGCGAUUUAUUGCACUGUGUCAUGAAAAUAAUAGCCUACAUGGAAUCACUUUUGAGCAGAUCAAAGCUCAGCUAGAGGCUUUAGAGCUAAAGAAGACAUAUGUGUUGAAUCCACUGGCACCUGAAUUUAUCCCACGGGCUCUAAGACUUCAGCAUUCAGGAAAUAUCAACAAAUUGCAGCAGUCACCCCCCAAGGGGAAAAGCCUCCAUCAUACUCAGAAUGAUCAUUUCCAGAAUGAUGGAAUUGUUCAACCCAAUCCUUCCGUACUUAUUGGCAAUCCUAUUAGAGCAUAUACUCCUCCGCCCCCUCUUGGACCUCACCCAAAUUUGGGGAAAUCUCCAAGCCCUGUUCAAAGAAUAGAUCCUCACACUGGGACAAGUAUUCUUUAUGUACCUGCCGUCUAUGGAGGGAAUGUAGUUAUGUCGGUGCCUUUACCUGUGCCAUGGACAGGAUACCAGGGUAGAUUUGCAGUUGAUCCUCGAAUCAUUACACACCAGGCAGCGAUGGCCUACAAUAUGAACCUCUUACAGACACAUGGACGGGGUUCUCCUAUACCUUAUGGCCUUGGGCAUCAUCCACCUGUCAGCAUAGGGCAACCACAAAACCAGCAUCAGGAGAAGGAUCCACAUGAGCAAAGUCGAAAUGGUAAAAGUGAAACAAAUAACCCUGGACCUGAGAUUAAUAAAAUUCGAACACCAGAGAAAAAGCCUCCAGAAUCAAAACAGAUUGAUUUGGAAUCAAAUCCACAGAACAGAAGUCCUGAAUCACGUCCUGGUGUUGUUUAUCCCAAUACCAAAUUUCAUCGCAAAGAUAAUCUCAACCCAAGACACAUAAAUCUCCCUCUUCCUGCUCCCCAUGCACAGUACGCAAUCCCCAAUCGUCAUUUUCAUCCCCUUCCCCAGCUGCCAAGACCACCAUUUCCAAUUCCACAGCAGCACGCCUUGUUAAAUCAGCAGAAUAAUUUGCCUGAGCAACCAAAUCAAAUGCCACCCCAACCAAAUCAGGUAGUCCAGCAGCAGAAUUCAUUGAAGCAGCUGACUCAGCAGCCACCUUCCCAGCUUUCUCCUGCCUACCAGGCAGGACCCAACAGUGCUUUUUUUAAUAGUGCAGUUUCGCAUCGACCACACUCCCCUCCUGUGGAGGCUGUGAUUCCUGAGCAGCAGCCCCCUCCCAUGCUGCAAGAAGGCCCUAGUCCUCUGCGAGCCAUCACGCAACCCGGCCCCAUUCUUCCUUCACAUCUGAAUAACUUCACCGAUGAGAACCCCCCAGGAUUGCCUAUAGGGGAGGCUUUAGACCGUAUGCAUGGGAGUGUAGCCCUGGAAACAUUACGGCAGCAGCAAGUGCGGUUGCAACAGUGGAGUGAGCACCACGCCUUUCUCGGUCAGGGCAGUAUUCCAUACCCACACCACCACCAUCCUCAUCCCCCGCUCCAGCAGCUUCCGCAGCCGCCCGUUGGGCUGCAUCAGCCGCCAGUGAGAGCAGACUGGAAGCUCCCCAGCAGUGCCGAAGAUGAAGCAGAAGCACCAGACUCGAGGUUUCAAGAUUUAAUCAGAGAACUGUCUAAUCGUGAUCAAAGUGAAACUCGGGAACUAGCUGAAAUGCCGCCACCUCAAUCAAGACUUUUGCAAUAUAGACAAAUUCAGACUAGGAGUCCACCAGCAGUCCCCUCUCCCCCAUCCAGUACAGACCACAGUAGCCACUUUUCUAACUUUAACGACAACAGCAGAGAUGUUGAAGUAGCCAACAGCCCAGCAUUUCCGCAGCGUCUCCCGCCCCAGAUAUUCAGCUCACCUUUCUCCUUGCCGUCUGAACACCUGGCCCCUCCUCCCUUGAAAUACCUGGCACCUGAUGGAGCAUGGACUUUUGCUAACUUACAGCAGAAUCACCUAAUGGGGCCGGGUUUUCCCUACGGGCUACCUCCGUUGCCUCACAGGCCACCGCAAAACCCUUUUGUACAAAUACAGAAUCACCAACAUGCUGUUGGUCAAGAGCCAUUUCACCCAUUGUCAUCUCGAACAGUAUCUUCUUCUUCGCUCCCUAGCUUGGAAGAGUAUGAACCCAGAGGACCUGGUCGGCCCUUGUACCAAAGAAGAAUCUCAUCUAGCUCAGUCCAGCCUUGUUCUGAAGAAGUAAGCACUCCUCAAGAUAGUCUUGCUCAAUGUAAAGAGCUUCAGGACCAUAAUAACCAUUCUUUCAACUUUUCAUCCCCGGAGUCCUGGGUAAACACCACCUCAUCUACCCCCUAUCAGAACAUUCCGUGCAAUGGAUCCAGCAGGACAGCUCAGCCCAGGGAGUUGAUAGUUACUGCCAACUGCAAUGGUAAAGGAAAGAUUGCUCAGAAUCAUAAUGACCACAAACCGACUCCACCCAAGACCGCCAAGCCCCCUGAGGAUCAGCUGAAGUCUGAGAGCCUCGAGAUGUCCAGUUCCUUCAACUACAAUGUGCUGCAGCAUCUCGGCCAGUUUCCCCCGCUCAUGCCGAACAAGCAAAUCGCAGAGUCGGCCAACAGCAGUAGCCAGCAGAGCUCUGGGGGCAGCAAGCCUGCCAUGUCCUAUGCCAGCGCUUUGCGGGCCCCGCCCAAGCCCAGGCCCCCGCCUGAGCAGGCCAAGAAGAGUAGUGACCCUCUGUCUCUGUUCCAGGAACUUAGCCUGGGGAGCUCAUCAGGCAGCAAUGGCUUUUACUCCUAUUUUAAAUAAUCACUUUUUUUUCUCAAGGGAGAAUGUUUUAAUUUCUGUUUGUAUCCAUAGAGUUAAGAUAGUUGGACUUCAUCUGUAGGUGCACAGCUACCUUUGUUUUAACAUCAAACAUGUUCUCACUUAAUUGCUUUGCUGCUAGACUUGCAACUAAUUUUUUUUUAAGUAUAUUCCAUUAUUUUGCAUUUUUGACGUGAGUCGGAAUUCUGACAGCUUUUAUGUAGAAUAAAAAAUAUUUUUAAAUUUGUGUAUUGUUACAUAUGUUUGCAUCAAGCUAGCAGCUAAGAGGUUAAUUGUGCAACUAUAAAGAAAAAUAAAAAAAACUUUGUCUAAAAUGUAUUUAAAAAGAAAAAAAAUUGUAAGUAGCAUUUACAUUUAUUCAAUAAUAUUACCAUAUGCUGGGUUUCUGUACCAGAAAUGGCCAGUUGAUGUACAAAUGUAUGUUAUUUUUGCUUAAAUUCAUUUAAAAUUUUUUAAAAUAAAGGGGCAGCAUCUUCUAAAUACUUUUAAGUUUUAUCAGCUUUUUUUGUGACAAGAUGCUGCAUUCUAAAACUUUUAUAGUUUUAGACCAUCUAUGACGUGCUGUUGUAAUCUCCAUCCACUGUAGGGUAGAGUUAAAGGCAUUCUUUGCAGAUGUAUUUUGUAUGCCACUGUUUUUUGUAACGUGAAAAAACACUGGCAUACUUAGUUCUUUUUUGGACAAGCUAUACUCCAAGCUUGUUUUUAAUGUUAAUUUGAUAGUGUGUGUGUUUUUUUUUUAAACAAAUCAUGAAGCUGAAAAAUUUUUAGGAUUGUUGGUGCUUAGUAGACUUGAUAACUAUUUUAAAAAUGCGUGAAUUUAGUAAAAUCCUUUUUUUCUCACUAUGCAUGUGUAAAUGUUUGUAAUCUGGCUUUCCCCACCUCUCCAGUGGUAUAAAGAAUUGUGCCGCUUUAAGGUUUGUUUUUUUUUCCCUCCAGUAAAAAUUUUGGUACCUUAUUUGAUGUUUACAUUAAAAUGUGACAUUAUAUAUGGCAGUUCAAAUAUUUUGCUAACUGUUUUGUUUGGGGAACACCAUUAAAAAGAAACGUUUGUCAAAGAUGUAUCAAAAUUCAUCAAAAUCUGGGGCAAAAAGCUACCCUUUUUUUCAUGUCUUUUCAAUUCUUCUAAAACAACCCUACUGCACUUGUAUAAAAAUAUAAAAUUUAAAUAGCUACCUUAAAUAUACUACGAUCAAAAAAUUGUUUUGAAUGAACUUUGGUAAAAUCCAAAGGAAAACGUUUAUCCUCUUAAAACUUGUGGUCUUGUAACACAUUUGAAAUGAUGCAUGUCCUUAUUGUUUUCCUGAUCUAAUAGUACUACUUUGAUACUUCAGAGAUAUCUUGAAAUUACAACAUAAUCUUUUUUUUUUUUAAAUUAAGAUGAGGUUGGGAAACUGCAAAUGAACCAAUGGACCCUGACGAUCCAUUCAAAAACAGCUUUUUGGAGGACUCCUUUUGAAUAGGCCAUCCUAUUUCGCAUUACAUUUUUAAAACAGUGUGGAAAAGUGGCAGGGGUAAAGAAAAACUGUUUACAUCUGUUAUUUGACUGGCGUUUAGUUGAUGUAGGCCAGCUAAAGCCCCUGUAACCCUCAAGACAAUUUAGGAGAAGAGCGUGCCUUUAGUUAAAGGUCAGCAAGCCUAAGGGACGAAUGAAGGGUGCGUCUUUCCCUCAGUCUGUCUGCUCAGAGAGCAGAUCGUUUAUAUAUGGCUUCCUGGCCGGGGCUGCGGGGCUCUGAGUGGCAGCUGUAGACUUGGAGACUGCAGGCAUGUUAACGGUUAGUGUCAGUCACAGUAGGAAAACAGCCAGCGAGUUACAGCACCACGUUUUCCCAGUAUGAGGUCAGGUCACCACGUUUAGCCACAUCAAAUGUUGCUCAGUACACUUCUGUCACAAGAAAGGAAGAAAAAUUUUUGCCAUAUAGCUAUGUAUUUCCAACUCUGUGACAAAACUCAAGACAUAGCCCAAAUGAAAAUUAAAUUUCCCCCAUGGGAUAAUGUUUAUGAAAACCAAUUUUCUCAUCAAAUGAUUCUUCUCCCCCACAAAUGCACAGUACUGACACAAGCCAGAUGAAUGUUUGAAAACAUUUUGAUAAUAUGAAGACGGAACUGUCCUGUCAGGCUUUCAGUUAAUCCCUUGUCAUGAAGUAAUUGCCUAAUCUUCUGUUUUCCAUACUUGAACCUUUAAAAAAAUCAGUUUUUAUAUUAUUUAUAUUUAUAUUUAACUAAAGAGGUCAAAUGCACCACCCACCACCUUAUAUAAAUAUAUUGAUGAAGGAAGCUUUGGAUAAGCAAGCUAUUGAGCUGUGGAGACAUCCCUGUUCUAAGUAGUUAUUUCUAAAAAACUAAAAAUAAUAGCUACUUAUGAGUCCCCUGCUCUGCUGUGUCUGAGUGUUCCUUAUUUCCUUAUUGUUUUUGCAGCUAGUCAAGGAUUUGAAUGUUGUUUCCAUCUGAUACUCUUAGAUUCUGCUUCAAAUGCAUAUUUCAACCUCUAAUCAGCUUCCUCUUUUCUCCGCAUUACUUAAUGCUGACUCUCCAGCAGUGCUUUGAAUCUGUUACGCAUGGUAUCUUGUAAGACUACCCAAAUCAUAGCAAAUUUCUAUUGAAAUGAGGCGUAGCUUCUGAAUACCGUUCAUGCUGUUUGGGUAAUAUUUGGGCAGUGUUAGCAAGUAUCCACAAUUCAGACUUAACAAACAACUUCAUUUACAUACCAGGUUCAACCUUGGAGUUCAGAUGGAACUCUUUCUUCUUCGGUUUUUUUUUUUUAGAGGAAACCUGAUGUUCACUCUUGGAUAAUACCAAGUAUUAUCAACUUCCUUUUCUUCCAGAACAGACUUCUUCUAAAGUGAGGUUAAUUGUUCACAUGAUGUUCUACUUCAUUGUUCUCUGUAUCACUCUGAAGUUUCCUUUUUCUUGCCAAAACUAUUUUUUAUUCAUUUCACUUUUUAAUUUCAGUGCUACUUGGGAUUAUCUUUUUUUUUUUUUUUUUACCUUAAAUUCUUUGGGGUGACAGAAUUUGUAGAGUAUUCAUGCUAAUUUUUUUUUCUGAUCUAAAAAUGAGUUUUUGUUAAGAUUUGAAGAACCUCAUUCAGUGUAAUGUAGAUAUUUUCUGUCGUGUUUUUAAAAGGGGUUUUGGUUGCCAUUCUGGCAUAUGCUUUGCCAAAUUGUUAGAGCAGAGCUUUGUUUUUGAUUAAUCAGUAGUUAAUUUUGGCCUUUUAAAUUCACAUGACCUUAAUUUUCCUUUCCUCAAACAGAUGUACUUUCUAUUCAGGUUGUUUUGUACAAAUGAAAUAAACUGCUUUGUGUGUUUUUGUUAUUUUAUUUUCAUCAGAGAUUCUAGAGUAAGUUCAGGGUUCAUAUAAACAUCAGUAGGUCUUUUCAAUUCGAAGAAUUGCAGAAGAAGUAAAAUAAGCAGAACUCCCACUGAAUAAGCAUUGCCUAAUUAAACAUAGCAGUCUCCAAGACCUGUUUGUGAAAAUGGUUUCCUUGUUUAUGGAAGCAUUGAAAUUGCUGAGAAAGCUAACUGAAUUUUGUAACUUUGAGAUAAUUAAUGUAUAGUAUUAUCUUGCUCUAGUGUAGUUGAUUUUACAUGCUUAACGCUUUCCAUGCAUAUCCAUCUCAAAAGCAAAGCUAUAGUCAUUUAAGAAUGUGUCUCUAGCUGUCUGGACUAGAGAGGGCCACCUGGCCUAAGAACCAGGGUGGGAAAAACAACUUGAAGAUGAAUUUUAGAUUUCAGCUGUUGUUAUUAAGAAAAUCAGAUUUACUGAAAUAGUCAUUUAAAAAGAAACACCUAUUAUACUUAGAUAGCAUUCUUUCAUAUCAGAGGUGUUUUAAAAAAGGGAAUCCCAGAAAAAGUCUAUAAAAAUACAAGAUUAAAACUUAAAAUAUGUUGAAAGGUAUAAAUGCUGCCUUAAAAAGUUAUUUAGGUGACCUUUUUUUUUUUACCUUUUAGCUCCACAAAGGUAGUAAUUUGUCUUUUAUGAUUUACCAGACCUCAUUUCUUGGUAACCAUCCCCUUAACAUAUGAAAACCCCCAGUUUCUAAAUUUCUACCAUCCCUCUAUUUGUCUUCCUGGACAUCAAAGUAAAUGUUUUAAUGGAUCUGAUUUUUCUUUUUUCCUAUUUGCCAUCUGGUCCACAAGCUACCUACUAGUUACAAAUAAUGGAUAAUAGUCUAUGAUUUCUUGUGCAAAAUAUCACAUAGUGAUGUACAUCAUAUUAUGAAGAUACCAUCAUGAAAGAGUAAAUGGCACAUUCGUCUUCAAAGUGCUCAUUGUAUUAGGUUUUUCUCAUUUCCCAUCUACUUGAGGUUGGAUAUUUAUUUGCUGAGAUUUUAUCGUAAAGCUGCAAAAUUCACCCUCACUAUGUUCAUACCUGUUUAGCCAUUUCAAGACGAUUGUUACAAGGGGUGAAUCUUAGCUAACGUUUAACAUUCGUAUAAAACAUUCAGAAAAUGGCAUUGUUAUUACUAUAAGCUAAAAUAUCAAACAGGCAAAAAGUAUUUAAAAUUUUUGAAAUGAUUGAAAAUAUCUACUUUGGAAUAAACUUUAAGGAAACAGUCACAGGAGUUUCUAAAUUUUUUUUGAAAGGAGGUACCUGAUAGAAGAAUCUAGACUUAGUAACGUGAACUGUGGUUAAAUCCUAAAACCCAGUUACACAGUAGUAGUCUAAAGCUUCUAAACUGGAGUGUUAAGAAAACCCAGAGACAUUCAUAUACAUAUAGUUUCAGUAAUCAGAGUAUUAGACCAGACUUUAUUUGCAAUAUGUUCAACAGAGAGAUUUUAUUUUGAUACAAAUAUUAAGCAUAGUAAGUUUUAUAUAAUUCUAUGAGUUCAUUAAAUGAUACUAUGGAAUUUUCAUUAAGUUCUUGAGUCUUUUUAGCUAUUUCUAUACCUCAUAUAUGAGGUCUUAUGUAUUUUAUUUUGCAUACUAGCAUGUGACUGCCUGCCUUAGAACUAUAUAUAGGAGGGAAAAUCAAUACUACUUUAAGAAUAUUUGAUUUUUUGAAAUUUUUCAUUAAUACUUUCUUUUGAUGUUUGAGAAGUAAAGGGAAAGGGGUGGCAAAUUACUUAGGUUUCAAAACGGAAGUCACACAGUAGUGUCUUUACAAACCUGCCCUGUUUUAAGAUUUUAGAAUUUUGAGCAGGAUAGAGCAGUGGUUUCCAAACUUCAGCUAGCAUCAGAAUUACCUGGAGGUCUUUUAAAAUCAGAUUGCUGGACCCCACGCCCAGGGUUUCUGAUUCUAGGCUGGUGCCUGGGUGAUGGUGUUACCUCUGAUCUGAGUACCAGGCAUUGAGAACUGCUGCUCUAGAGGAAAGUUUGAAGGUCUUCGAACCUUGCAUUUGUUUACUCAGUGUAUAUAACUGAUCUGUUGAGACAUUUGUGUAAUUCUAAUACCAUGAGUAGAACAUUCAUGGAGGGAGUUCUGUGGAGGGAUGAGCCCUUUGGAUUGGCUGCCACCCCCACCCGUUGCCUAUCCCACGUAAGGUCUGUGCUCCUCUUCCACAUUAGGAUACAGGCGCUCAUUCAUCUCUAGGGUGAGUCUGGUUUUGUGCACACAGCUGCCUGGGCUUUAGUCAGGAAGCUAUGCAUGUAUUUGAGUCGAUUUCUAUGACCUGUACGCCUGGAGACAAGCGUUGUGGAAGGAAGCCAUCAUAAUGCCACAGGAAAGCGCUUUGCAUUUCUUGAGGCACUAAGUACAGGAGGCUCUGUCCUAAGAUGGCAGUGACAUGGGGCAUUGAAAACAAUAGAUAAUCCCCAAAUACUGUAUUUGUAGAUUUUAUGGCUUUUUUGGGGGGUGGGGGUGGGGGGAGACGAAGACAAAGGGUCUGCUUUUCAUAUUAUGUGUUUCUCAGGUUAACAAAGUUACUUUGGAUUCUCUGCCAGCAGGUAUUUGGGGAGCCUGAAGUGCAUAUGGCAGGAAAUUGAUAAUGUCAGUGAUUACUUUACCACCUUUAAAAAAAAUCUCUAUAGUUUGCAAAACAGUCUAGGGGAAAUCUGCCACCUACACAGUAUGAGUUUUUCAUAAACCAUAGGUGCACAUGUAUGAGCAAGUUAUUUUUUAGAAAGAAAAUGCCUAUAUAUAAUAAAUCUGACAGGUCUUCGGAUAUUUUAAAUUUUGUGUUAUUGUUAAUAUUCCCCCCUGGACUGCAGCUUGAGGGGUAUUGGGCUCUGCCUCUGGUUUUUAGUUUGGCUUUGAAUUUACUGAGAUACUAGAAAGAGAAAAAAUAUUUUUAAGGUAGUAGAUUAUAGAACGACUUAGAUGUAGAAAUACACAUGGUAAAUGUCAUAGAAUGCACAGCUUUGGAAUCCUUAAAACACAGUACUUCCUACUUGAAAAGCUUUGAUAACCUUCAGUGGGGAUUGUAUGUUCAGCACAGGUUACUUUAUCCAAUUCCAACUCACAGGGAGCUUCGGGUUAUUUACAUUUUGCUUUGCACAAUGCCUUGUAUGCAAAGACCUCUUUCUAUCAUUCAGUAGAUUGGAGGGCUCUUUUGUCUGGUUUGAAGUCCCAGUGUGCUGGUUACACCUGAGAAUGUUUCUCUGCCUCCCUCCCAGAGGAAGGGUCUUGGAUUUUCAUGUAUCUAGACCAUGCCUGCUUCCUUUAAAUCCAUGUAUGUGACAUUGUACUGUAUCCACUUUCUGUGCCAGUCAUCUGACCUGAUUCUUUGAAACCCACGAAGGUACUGGUUAUAUGUAGUAGUUGUAUCCUAGUAAAUAAGGUGAUUAAAAUACCUCUCCUCUAAAUUAUAAAGAUAAUGGGUCUUGCAUUUUAUUAAGGGGUCCUGUUACUAGUGACAGGUUUUUUUAAUGCUUCAAAAAUACAGUUCUUACCUGAACUUGUUCAGCUAACUUCUACAAUCAACUACUUAGCAAAUUCAUAGUUUUAUUUUUUCAAGUCUUCCAAAGGGAGGCUAUAUAAAACUGAGAUGGUUAGUUUCCAUCUCUUAAAAGUACCAAUUCAGUUGUGCAGCCAUGUAUAAUCAUAAUUUAUGGCAAAAUUACAACAAAAUUAAGUUUUUUCCUUGCAGUCAGUGAUACCUCAUCUGAGAGGUCCUAAUACCUGAAGGAAGAGUUUAUCCUUAAAAGUAAAAAUGACUGUGUACCAUAAAAUAACCUCAAAGCCACUCUCUAGGGUUUUUUUUUUUCUUCCCUUUUUUUGUCAUUUUUCUUUUCUUUUUUUAACUUAGUUUUGGAAUUACUGUAGCCACUCUGAUUCUUUAGAACAAGUUUUCGGUUUGGGGGUCUGUAGUUCCUCCAUUGUGAUCAUUGUCUCAGUGAAGUUCUUUUGUUUUAAAAGAUUCAUGGUAACACAAAAUGUAUUUUACUGCUACAACUAAAAUGUAUUUAUAAUAAAAUGCCUUUUUAAUAA